AUGAACUUUUCCUUUCCGCACUUCACGCGUGCCAGCACGGACAAGGUGUACCCCGAGCCACCGCAGAAGUCCCUGCUCGAGUUGGUGAUCGAGGCCAAGGGCCGACUGGGCCUCGUGCCCCAGCGUCAUGCGCUGAAGCAGCACCCAUCUUCGUCCCCCUUCAGCCGCUUCUCGGACAGCGACGAGGAAGGUGAGGGUGUCGAUAGCAGCGCGACGGAGGCGGAGGCGCGGCAGGAUGCUGUGCUCACGACGCGCACAUCCUGGGUGCCGCCGGCGUAUCUGCUCGACUAUUUCUUUUCGGGCGAGUUUCUGGCCGUGUUCUUGACGUUGCACAGCAUCAGCGCCUCACGUCCGGUGUCGGCAUUGGUGCCACCACUGCUGACGGUGCGUGAUGCGCAGCUGCACCCCCUCGUCGAAGCCGGUCUCUGCGCCUUCUUGCAAGAUGCGGCACACAGCAGCUUUCGUCAGCAGCGUAGCGGCGGUGGUGGUGGAUGGCGGGACGGUGCACGGGGAGGACGAGGGGGUCGCGAUGGCGGUGAGAGGAGCUACACGGAGAGCAACGCCGCUGCCGCCAGCGCCGACGGCUCUUUCAUGCGCUACUGGGGAGGCGCACAGCAGCACCAGCUGCAAGGCGGCGUUCUUGGUGCUGGCAAGGGCAACGACAACGGAGCGGCAGAGCCAAGCGCACCGGGUGCGGCACACCCAUCUUGCGUCGAUGCGCAGCGCAGGGUGGACGAGCCCGCGGCGACUCCGCUGGGAGAGCGCCUUCUUUUUCGGGGACUGCAGCAGGUCGCGCUCCCGGCACUACUCCUUGGCGACCAUGUGCUGCUGAGCGGCCCGCGUGGUAUCGGCAAGCGCACGGCGGCGCUGCUCGCUGCUGGCGCAAACGUUCUGGCGCUCACCAGCAACGCCGACUCCGGCGCCGCUGAGGAGACGGACGUCCCUCUAGCGCCCGUGGAGGGUGAAGGGGAGGCAGCUGCUGAUAAACCACCGGCUGCGGCUGAGGGGUCCGCGUCCACUUUUCCCACCGAGGCACAGGUGAAGCCAGAGGAGGCAAUGGAGGACAACAGGGAUGCGGCAGAUGCUCGCCCAGAUUCGGCAGAGCCCGCUGCCGCCUCCGAUCCUGCGUCGGCACCGGCUCCUCGUGCACUCAUUAUCCUCUCGUCCUACCCAGAGGUGCUCUCCGCGGCGCACUGGCUGGGGUCUGUCUUCGGACCCGCAGCAUUCGCCCCAUACACGUUUCAGAAGGAUGGCGUCGCGCUCCGUCCACUGCUGGAGGCGCAUACGGCUGAGCAGCAGCCGGCGGUGCUGGAUGGCGGCAAUGGCGCCUACUCGAGCGAUGCUCUCGGCCACGUUGGUGUGACGCCCACCUUCCCCGAGGUCACCAGCGGUCGGCGCUUCAUCGGGCCGCCGUUGUCGCUCCCCUUCAUCACUGACACGACUGGUGCCGCCGGUGCUGCGGCGCUGCUACCAGCUGAUCCCACGCAGACUGAGUCUGCUCCGCUCCAUGCAGAGGCAACGGUGCCGGGCCUUUCGGAGCUGGCGGCCCUCGUGAUGAAUGCGCCUCUGCCUGCAGAGGCCGCAGGCACAGCUCAAGGCUCGGCCGGGGAGCGCGCAAACGGCGGAGAUACAAGGCUCCAACGGAGGCGGCACAGGGAAGAUGAGGGGGUCAGGGAUGACGGUGCCGACGAAGAGCGGGCCGAGAGGCGGUCGUCCCACGCGCACCAUCGCCACCGCCGCCACCGCAGCGAGCGCGCCGAGGUCGAGGGCGAAGACGACGAGAUCAGGCGGGCGCGCCAUCGCGAGAAACGCUCGCCGCGCUCCAGCAGCCGCCAUCGCCACCGCAGCCGGCAUGGCGACCGCAGCGAUCGGGGAGAGGAGGCGGAGAGUCGCGGAGAGAGGGAUGCGAGCGGCCAUCGCAGCCACCGUCGCCACCGCCGUCGCAGUGAUGAGGUUGACGGUGGUGACGGCGGCAAGGACAGGCGACCUGUGGACGACGAGGAGCGGCACUCGCAGGCGUACAGCAGCCAUCGAAGAAGCAGCCGCCGUCACCGCCACCACAGCAGCAGCGGCAGCGUCAGCUACCGACACCGCAGCCGCAGCGAGGAGCGUCUGUCCCGUCACCGGAGUCGCCGUCAUCACCACCACCGUAGCCGCCGCCACCACCGGGACCGCCACGGGGAGGACCGGCGCAGUGUUUCAUCGUCGUCUUCCUCGUCUUCCACGACCGCCUCGUCAACUUCUUCUCCUGGCUGCCAAAGCGCAGGGCUGCCUCCGUUGAUGCCUACUAACGCGGAGGCAGUGUUGCCGAUGAUGCUUGAUAACAGUGUAGCACCGCCGGCAGCUGACGAGCUGCGCGCCCUUGCGCUGGACUCUGUGGUGCCGUCUGCUGUGCCGAUGGAGGCACCGGUGGCCCCCUUCUCUGCCGUUGCUGUAGUGGAGGAGCCGCCUGCGGCCUCAGCGAAGGAGCAACAAGCGGCUAAGGAAGACAGCACAGCCGAGCUGUCUGACGUUCUGAGCCAGCGCGUGCCGCUGUUGAUCACCACCUAUCACGCCCUGGGGAUGGCGCUUGGAAUGGUGCAGGGGGAGGCGUCCGCCCUGCCACCGCUGGAACACGUGCGUGUGGCGUUGUUUGUUAAUCUCGAGAGGGUGCUCAUGCCACCGCUGAAGGAGUCUUUCGUCCACUCGUGGUGGCUGUCGUUGGUGAACGCGCUGGAUGUGGAGUGCCAGUUCGUGGUGACAGCCGAUCGCAUGGGCAACGAGGUACGCGGCUUCCUCGAUAGCACCAUCAUACCCGACGCGGGGGAGCGGCUGGUGCGCUUUGAUCAGCGCGACGCGUCGAUAUGGGCCAUGAUGAACGUGCAGGUGUGCGCGGUACCAGUGGAGGUACCGGUGGCCGCUUCGCCACCGAACGGCGGCAGCGAAGGACGCCCUCGCAUAUCCGGCAGCGACAUCGACGCUGCCAAGGUGACUCAUCUCUUCUCCACCAUUGCUGAACACAUAUCGUCCACCGGCUGCCACGCGACACACGAGAGAGGCGUUGCUGCGUUCGAGGCCCACCGUGGUGGGCAGGGUGCGCGUGUAGUGGUCGUCUGCUCUGCUCGCCGCGAGCAGUCACUGGUGGUGACGCAGCUCCAGCGUCUUUUCCACGAUCAGGAGCACGACACCCGCGCUGCGAUGGUGCGGGUGACGGAGAGCGUGGAGCUGUUCCGAGCGUCAGAGGCGGAGGUGCUGGUCCUGACGGAUGCGCAGCUGACAGACCCUCGCGUGCUUCGUGAUGUGCACCAAUGCACGGAAGUAGACCUAAUUGUGCACUUCUCCUUGCCACGCACGGUGAUGACGCAGCUGGAGAAGAAGGAGAUCAUUGACUUGCUGGCGCAACGCGGCCGCGCCAUUCUCGGGAGCUCGAAGCAGUUCUGUGCUCGCCGCUGGUGGCGCGGUACGGCCGCCGCGUCCGCUGCCGGUGGUGGCACUGCCUCGGGUGUGCCGAGCAACGCCGUCAACUUCGUGCCAGCCAAGGUGGAAUGCCAGCUGCUGCUGACGGAGCACAACGUGCACGGACGUGCUGGCUCGUGUGUGAUGGAGGCGCUGCGCGAGGUCAGCGACAGCUGA